AUGGCUGCCUCAAAAAAUGAAAUCGAAGUUUUUCGCGCCAGAAAAGUUGCUCUGAUUACUGGAAUUUCAGGACAAGACGGAUCGUAUCUCGCUGAGCUUCUUCUUUCCAAAGGAUACAAGGUCCAUGGAAUUAUCCGACGCUCUUCUUCGUUCAAUACUGCUCGUAUUGAACAUCUUUACAGUAAUCCUGUGACUCAUCAUGCUGAUUCUUCCUUCUCCCUUCACUAUGGAGACAUGACUGAUUCGUCAUGUCUUAAUAAGCUGAUCCAAACGAUCCAGCCAACCGAGGUCUAUCAUCUGGCCGCACAAUCUCACGUCAAAGUGUCAUUCGAUUUGCCGGAAUACACGGCCGAAGUGGAUGCAAUUGGUACCCUUCGUCUUCUCGAUGCGAUUCACGCAUGUGGUCUUACCGAGAAGGUUCGAUUCUAUCAAGCGUCAACGUCGGAACUUUACGGAAAAGUGCAAGAGAUUCCACAAAACGAAAAAACCCCAUUCUAUCCAAGAUCCCCAUAUGCGGUUGCGAAAAUGUAUGGUUAUUGGAUUGUUGUCAAUUAUCGCGAGGCUUACAAUAUGUUUGCAUGUAAUGGAAUAUUGUUCAAUCACGAGAGCCCAAGGAGAGGUGAAACAUUUGUGACGCGAAAAAUCACUCGAGCUGUUGCGAAGAUCAGCUUAGGACAACAGGAAUGUGUGGAACUCGGAAAUCUAAGCGCUCUUCGCGAUUGGGGCCACGCCAAAGAAUAUGUCGAGGCCAUGUGGAGAAUUCUGCAGAACGACAAACCGGACGAUUUUGUAAUUGCGACUGGCAAACAGUACAGUGUCAGAGAAUUUUGUAAUUUGGCGUUUGCGGAAAUCGGAGAGGAGCUCGAAUGGAAUGGAGAAGGUAUUGACGAAGUAGGAAUCAGCAAGAAGACGGGAGUGAUUCGUGUGAAAGUCAGCCCGAAGUAUUACAGACCGACCGAAGUUGAAACUCUUCUCGGAGACGCUACCAAAGCAAAAACAUUGUUGGGUUGGGAGCCAAAAAUUGAAGUUCCGGAUCUUGUCAAGGAAAUGGUUGCCAGCGACAUCGCAUUGAUGAAAGCGAAUCCGAUGGCCUAA